AUGCUGGAACCUUUACAAAUGUUUCUAUUCCUGUUUAAAUCGAAAUACAGGCGAAAAUAUCCGGGUUAUUUGUUGUUCGGGGUGUUCUUGUUUGUAGCGUUUUCUGUAGACUUUGUAUCGGGUAGUUGUGUUGAAGAUGUCCAGUGUGGAGGGAACGGUGUGUGUAGGAAUGAGACUUGUAUAUGUUACGACGGUUGGCAGGGGCCACACUGUCAGUUCUGUGGUGGAAAAGUCAGACUGGGUACUUCCAGGGGUACCAUUCACGAUGGACCUGGUAACUAUUCCCUAACCUCGAAAUGUAGCUGGCUGAUCGACGCUCCGAACCAAACGAUAACGUUGCACAUAGAAGAAUUCGCCACAGAAUGCGGGUGGGAUCACUUGUAUGUCUUUGAUGGUGAUUCUGUCAACUCGCCAUUGUUAGCUGUUUAUAGUGGCUUGAUGUACAAGGACGGUUAUAGUGUUAGAAAAAUUCCUGAAGUGACUGCGACGUCUGGGUCAGCUUUGGUGCAUUUUUUCAGUGAUGAUGCUUAUAAUAUGUCUGGAUUUAACAUUACCUACAGACUGAAUGCUUGUCCAUCUAUGAUAUCAGGAAUAGAUUGUUCGGGAAAUGGUAUUUGCAUUGAUGGUAUCUGUACUUGCGACGGAAAAUGGGAUGGAGCAGCCUGUCACUUAAGAAAAUGCCCUGACGAUUGCGGUGCCAGCGAAAAUAGAGGCGUUUGCGAGCCAGAAAAUGGCUGUCAUUGCAUCGGAGAAUACAAGGGAGACGACUGCAGCCAGCUGGCUAGCCGAGGCUACUGGGAAACUGUCCAGGUCCAGAGUUUCGUUCCACCUGGAUCAGCGUCUCACGGAGCUGUGGUAUGGAAGGAUUCCAUGUACGUCAUUGCCGGUGAGCGAUAUGAGAGAUAUAGAGAACACAGAUACGAUAGGAUCCCUGUUUUAUACAUCUACGAUUUUAAUGGGAACGUGUGGGAAACCCCGCACAUCAACGAGGGUCCCGUGAUGAGAUACGGCCAUUCUACGGUGAUUUACGGAGAUAAGAUCUUUAUUUACGGAGGCGUAGUAGGAAAUAGGGGUCCUACAUCAGAACUUUGGGCUUUCGACAUCAGCGCCAAAACGUGGGAGAAUGUCACUGUCAAAGCAGAAUCCUGUAACGUUAGUUACCUGAUGUGUGGACCGUUAAAAUCAGCAGGACAUACCGCCACUGUUGUCAACAACAACACCAAUAAAAAAGCCGAUAAAAUGGUCAUUAUAUUCGGUCAUUCUCCGCAUUUUGGUUACUUAAAUACGGUGCAGGAAUAUUAUUUUGGUACUAGAGAGUGGCACAUUGUCAACACUGGAGGUUAUCCCGUGAAAGGAGGUUAUGGUCACACGGCUUCCUGGGAUCCACUAACUGAAAAAAUCUACGUUUUUGGUGGAGUUAUUUCUGAGAGCGAAUCGUCCCAGAUUCUGAGCAAGAGUCUGUACUCGUAUGAGCCAAAUGAUCGUGUUUGGACAUUGCUUGCUGACGCUCCAAUGGCUAGGUUUCUCCAUACCUCCACCUUCAUCUCCGGUGGCCUAAUGCUAGUUUUUGGGGGUAACCCCCACAACGACACCUCCCACAGCUACGGUGCCAAAUGCUACGUCAGUGACCUUUUAGCCUACGACGUCCUCUGCGACGACUGGCACGCCAUGCCCGUCAAAUCCGACCUCCGCGUCGACCUAUCCCGUUACGGCCAUUCCGCCGUCACUUUCGAGGACACCCUGUACAUUUACGGCGGUUUCGACGGCCAGAUGCUCAGCGACAUGCUCAAAUACACCCCGGGGGAUUGCCUGUACUUUAACAGUUCCAGUAGUUGUCUGACUGCCAAGCCUGGGAUUAAAUGCGUUUGGGAUAUUAAGAAUUUGAGGUGUCUGCCCGCUAUGAGGGUGCCCAAGGAGGUUCUGAGGGAGGAGAGUCCUUUGGCGAGGUGUGCGGAGAAGAACAGGAGCAGUAUACAGCAGGCGAUAGUGGGGAAUACCGAGAAGUGUCAAAGGAUGGAGGAUUGUCUGAGUUGUGCUCACACCACGGCCGAAUGUAUUUGGUGCGGCGGAGGUUGUAUGCAUCAUAAGCGUUGUAGAACCGGCAACAGCGGUUCUAAUUCGACCGAGACUGCAUUGGCUAGUUACGGGAAGGGUGAUCUAUGUCCACCCGAUCCUAAACCAAUUUGUAGGCAACUGCAUACGUGCACAGCCUGCACUUAUCAACCUUUUUGCAGGUGGAGGUAUGAACAUGCCAAAUGCGUGACUUAUCCUCAGUCAAAUGCGACGGCCGAGGCCAAUGAGCCUGCGCAGUGCCAGAAGGUCUGUUCUGAGUUCACUUCUUGUGUCAACUGCACUCAGGAAGAGUGUAUAUGGUGUCAGAAUGAAGGAAGAUGUGUAGAUAAGAACGCCUAUACUUCGAGUUUUCCAUAUGGCCAGUGCAGGGAAUGGACUACCAUUGGUUCAAAAUGUCGUACCAAAGGAGAUGAAAACUCCCAGUGCAGUUUCUAUAAGACAUGCGGCAAAUGUCGCGACGACCCUGCUUGCGGAUGGUGCGACGAUGGAUCUAAAACAGGCUUGGGUGUAUGUAUGCCUGGAGGCUACGCUGGACCUAACCUACAUGAACAAUCUCUACCUUCUGACACUUGUCCACCUGAAAGAUGGCACUUUACUACAUGUCCAUUAUGUCAGUGUAAUGGACACGCUAAAUGUCGAGGAAACUCUAGUACCUGUGAUAACUGUCAGAAUCUCACUACUGGGCCCCACUGUGAGCACUGCAAGAAAGGCUACUGGGGAUCCCCAGUGAACGGAGGCAAAUGUCAAAAAUGUGAGUGUAAAGGUUACGCCGAUGACUGUCACAGAGAAACCGGGAAGUGUCACUGUAAAACCAAGGGUCUGAUUGGUGAUCAGUGUGAGAAGUGUGACGCUGCAAAUCAUUACAGACCUGAUCCAUGGAACAACGGAUCCUGUUAUUAUGACUUGACUAUAGACUAUCAGUUCACCUUCAACCUGUCGAAGAAAGAAGACAGACAUUUUACGCAGAUAAAUUUUCGAAAUUCCCCUCAAAAGGCUGAUGUUGACGUGGAUUUUUCAGUGUUGUGUCAACCGCCGUCAAGGAUGAACAUAACUAUUAGGAAAUAUAACUCGCCUGAAGAAAAACUAAUUUUUACCGUCCACAAUUGUUCUAAUUUUAGGUAUCGGUUUGCUAAGUCGGACUACGCCUUUGGCAGCGAGAACAACAUUACUCUGACAACCUUCUACGUCUAUGUCUACGAUUUCCAACCGCCGCUAGUGAUCCAAAUAUCCUUUUCGCAAUACCCUAAACUGAACUUGCAACAGUUCUUUAUAACUUUUUCCACGUGUUUCCUGAUGUUGCUCUUCUUCGCAGCGAUCUUGUGGAAAGCGAAACAAAGAUACGACGUAUCCAGACGUAGAAGAAGACUUUUUGUGGAGAUGGAACAGAUGGCUUCUAGGCCUUUCUCACAGGUUCUGGUGGAACUGGAGCAACAGAAACCCAUAGAUCUGAAAGAACUGAACAGUAGAGAACGUAAAAAACGUGAUGCCCCUAGUCCCAUAGCACUGGAGCCUUGCGCAGGUAGCAGGGCUGCAGUUCUGAGUCUCCUGAUCAGAUUGCCCACUGGAGGUGAGCCCUACACUGUGGCGGGACAAUCGGCUGGACUGUCUAUAGCCAGCGCUUUGGUUACGCUGGGGAAUCCCAGGAGACUCAGUAUAGAUCAAAUGAAAACGACCGACACCAAGACGGGGAAGUCCAGAAAGAAUCAGAGUCAGCAUCCAGAUAGUUGUAUUUAAAUGGGCGUUAUAGUUUUGUGUGGGAUUCACAGCGAGUCUUCGGUUAAUUUGUGUUGACUGGAGUGGAAAUGAAGAACAAGUAAGGUAUCUGUGAACUUGUAUUGGACGAUCAGAUAGGACAAGACAUUUAUAAAAAAAAUAAAAGUUGACAGGAAACAUAAUUUGCUUUGAAAUUAAAAUGACAGACUGUAUACUUAUUCGUGUGGAGUUUAUAGGACAGUGUUACUCUUGAGAUGGUUUAAGAAAAAUUGGGAAAUACUACUUCAGAUCACUGAUAUAGAAUGAGAUUCAGUGGUUCUCAAACAGUUGUUAGUUAAACUCCGUGGUAAGAAUAAUUUAACUUUUUUUUUACUAUGUGUAAGUAUAUUUACUUCUGAUCGUUCAAUACACGUUAUACAAUUUUAGAAAAAUAUUGUUCUAGUCCUUCACCGUAUCAAACUGAAUAUAAAAAAACACUAUAUAUAUAUUUUAAGACAACCUAUACAUUCCGAUAUAUGAAGUACACUCGAGUGCAAUAGGUAACUAAGUAGCUGUUCAUGAGCUUACUUGAAUGUUAUUUUUCCCAAAUAAAUAC